AUGGCUAAGCGUGAAAAGAAAACUGAUAAAACUCAAAAAAAUACAAAUAAAUUGGAAAAUGAACAAAUUAAAGAAGAAAAUAAUUUAAAAAACAAACACCCUGAAUCCAAAAAAAAAAAUGACGAAAUGAAUGAUAAAAAAAGUGAUGAAAAAAAUGAUGAAAAAAAUGACGAAAAAAAUGACGAAAUGAAUAGCAAAAAAAAUGACGAAAUGAAUGACAAACCCAAAGUUAUAAAUACUAUUGAAGACAAAAUAAAGGAAACAGAAAUUACCAAAUUUAUUACGAAACAGCCAAAUCAUAUAGAAUCAAAAAAAAAUUUAGGAAAUUUAUUGGGAUAUUAUGAUUCUAGUGAUGAAGAAAAUGAUAAAAUAAAACAAAAUACAUUUAUUGAAAAUGAAGAAAAAGUUAUUUCACAAAUUAAAAAUACAACAAGUAGUAGCGAAAGUAGUGAUGAUUCUCAAAAUUCUGAUCAUAAUAUAUCCAGUAAUAUAAAACAUAAUGAAGAUAUUAAUAAAAAUAGUAUAGAAAAAAAAAAUCAAAAUAAUUCAAUCAAAGAUGAUACAAAAAUAGAAAAUCAUGAAAAUAAAAUAAACGACGAAAAAAAUAUAAAUACUCAUCCUAAUGUUAAUAAAGAAAUAUAUAAAACAAAUCAAAAUGAUAUGACAAAUUUACAAAAUUCAUAUAACACAAAUUAUAAUAAUACCUCAAUAUUAUUGAAUAAUACAUAUCAAAAUUAUCCUAGCAAUAAUACGUAUCAAAAUUAUCCUAGCAAUAAUACAUAUCAAAAUUAUCCUAACAAUACAUUGUAUCAAAAUUAUCCUAGCAAUAUAUUGUACCAAAAUUAUCAACAAAACUAUAACAAUAGUUGCAACACAAUUUAUAGUAACCCUUAUCUACACACAGGCACAUAUAAUUCUACUUUUCCAAACUAUGGCCAAUCAACAAAUAAUACUUGCCAAAUAAAUCGAAAUAAAAAUUUUGAUAAAUUAUUUAAUAAUCAAUAUUUUUCAAAAGAUAAUAAAAAAAUUAAUGCCGAGUUUAAAAAUAUUCCAGUAAUAAAUCAAAAAGAAAUAUUAAAAGAUUGGAAACCUACAAUUGUAGAAGAAGAAAAAAAAAGUAAAAAAUAUGACAUAAAAACAAAAGUAUAUAAUCCAACAAAUAAUACAUUUGAUAAAGUUAUUAUUCAUGGAAAAAAUCAAAAACGAAAACAUCAAAUUAAUUGGCUAGCUAAAGAAGCAGUUGAAAAAGAAUAUGAAAUAUUGCAAAAGGUUAAUCACAAUAAGCGCCGGACAACAAAUGAUAAAUAUGGAUGGUAA